AUGGUUUGCUCCUUCGCUACAUUCGAUGCCACAAAUGUUCUCAGUAGCGGUGCUCUGUCUAAGGAAGUCGACUAUAGCGACGGUUCUAAGCCCGAAGUCCCAGCCCCACCACGCGCGUCGGUUGUGCUUAACAUGAUCCUAAAUGAGGAGGGCCGGGACCAGCUGAACCAACAACAGGAGCCCCUCGUGGCAUUGCUCAAUCUCAAGGCACAGAAUCUCGGCCUUGGAUUGAAAAUCGCCAGUAGAGGAUUUUCACAACCAUCGUUCAUCACUAAGACCAAGGUCUUGACGACAUGUGCUGCUCCUGUGAGUAGUGAUGUAGAGAGAAAUUUGCCUGAUGCCGCUAAGAUCGGCGAAGUUACCACUGAAAAUGCCAAGUAUGCUAUUGUUCCUGAUACUACCUCUAGUGAGGAUGAGGAGGAAGUGGUAACCCCAGAGCCACCAAUUAAAAAACAAAAAACUCAUUCUGGAGCGCUGCUCAAGAAUGCUCCUCAUGACACAAGCACUCUGAUGCGGAAGAAAAGAGUCUUCAUACAAGGACUCCGCUGUAGAGGCGUGCAAUGUAACGUUUCUGCCGCUUAUUAA